AAUACAUCAGAACUAACUGGUGAAUCAAAACCAGUUUCAAUUACAGUUCGAUGUAGUAGUGCUACAUUUAUGGAAUCAACAAAUAUUGGAUUUUAUUCUACUAUGGUUGAACAAGGUACAGGUGAAGCCGUUGUAAUUGCAACGGGUGAUAAUACAGUACUAGGAAAAAUGUCAAAGUUAACUCGAGGAAGUUCAGGUGAUGAAGUAACUGGUUUACAUCGUGAAGUGAAUCGAUUUGUUUUAUUCGUUUGUGUUUGCACAUUAGUUGGUAUUACUAUUUUGUGGAUAACAUGGGGAGCAUGGUUAAAUCAAGAUCAUCAUGCCUUUCUAUCAUAUGAUGCUAAUAUUGUGAAUUCUAUUGGUAUGAUUGUCGGAUUUUUACCAGUAGGUUUACCAUCUGCUGUUACUCUUGUAUUGACUAUUGUUGCUAAGCAAAUGUAUCGACAACGUGUCUUAGUCAAAAGUCUACAAAUUGUAGAAACGUUUAAUUCAGUGUCUGUAAUUGCAACUGAUAAGACUGGAACAUUAACACAAAAUAAAAUGACUAUCACUCAUAUCUUAUGGGAUACUGAAGGUGUUUAUAAAGUACCAUCAAAUGUACCAGAACCUGCCAAACCAGAAACAAUUUUACAAACGAUUCGCCGACUUUCAUCAGGUGCUAUUGAGACAGCCCGUCGUCUUUCUGUUGGUGCAGCAACAGCUGUACGAAAAUUGUCAUCAGGAAAUAUUAACCAACCACAACGCAUGUCUUCUGCUUUCAAUGAUGAUAAUGAAGCAAAUAAUAUACCAAAUGAAGCAAGUGAAGUUCAAAUUCAAGCAUUUCGUGAUCUGUUACUUGGUGCAGCACUUUGUAAUAAUGCUGAAAAACAAAUGGUACAAGAUGCACAAAUUGGUCAAGAUGUAUCAAAAAUGAAAUCGGAAUUAUGUGUUGUUGGAGAUGCAGCUGAUACUGCUCUAUAUAAUCUUUGUGUUGAUAAAUGCUAUAUCGAUAUUGACAAAGUACGAAAAGUUAAUCCACGUCUUAAAGCUUUACCAUUUAAUUCAUCAAAUAAAUUUAUGAUUACAGCUAAUGAAAUAGAAACAUUAGAUUCUUCAAUACCUCAACAAGAACGAACUAUUUUAGUUUUACUGAAAGGUGCACCUGAUAUUGUUAUUCAACGAUGUUCAACAUACAAAAUGAAUAAUGAUGAUAUUGCGCCAUUGGAUAAUGAAAUGAAAAACAAAUUAUUUAAGCGACAAGAAGAACUAGGUAAAAGUGGUUAUCGUGUUAUUGCUAUGUCUCAACUAAGAUUCACUCGUCAAGAAUAUGAUGACAUGAUGCAAAACUAUAAAGAUAAACAACGAGCAGCAUCUUCUCAAGAAGGUGAAGAUCUUAAUGGAUUUCCAUCAAAUAACUAUUGUUUUGUUGGACUCUUCUCAUUACUUGAUCCACCUCGACCUGAAGUACCAGAUGCUGUUCUUAAAGCACGUCGAGCUCAAAUUCGUGUUGCCAUGGUCACUGGUGAUCAUCCAACAACAGCAAAAGCCAUUGCAAAACAAGUUAAUAUUCUCACAACUGAAAUUGCUGAUAUGAAUGGUGUUGAUACAUUCAAAUUAGAAAAAGAUCAAAAUGGAAAAUCGAUGCUUCAUCUUUAUCGAAAUGAAAAGCUAGUUGAAACACAUGAACCAGGUGAUAUAAAAAGAACGGAUUCACUUUCAAAAAAUGCCAAAGAUAUGAUGAGAAGAGCAUCGAUUGCAUCUGGUGACUUAGUAGUAACUGAGCCACCAUGGUAUGAACGUAUAUGGAUAGCAAUUAGAAGUCAAUUUAUGGAACUAGAAACUGAUGUUGACUCAACUAAUAAAAUGGAAUAUAUUCCAUAUGCUAUAGUUGUUGCUGGUGCUGAAAUUAAUUAUAUGGAUGAUUUUAUGUGGGAUUGGGUAUUAUCACAUCAAGAACUUGUUUUUGCAAGAACAUCACCAGAACAAAAACUAAAAAUUGUAUCAGAAUUUCAACGACGUGGUGAAGUAGUUGCUGUAACAGGUGAUGGUACAAAUGAUGCGCCAGCAUUGAAAUGUGCUCAUCUUGGUGUUGCUAUGCAAUCAGGAACAGAAGUAUCAAAAGAAGCAGGUGAUAUGAUAUUACUAGAUAAUAACUUUGCAUCAAUAAUCCAAGCAAUUGAAACUGGUCGAUUAUUAAGUGAUAACUUGAAAAAAGUUGCUGUUUAUCUUUUACCCGGAGGUUCUUGGUCACAAAUUUGGCCCGUAUUUUUUAAUUUAUGGUUUGGAAUGCCUUUAGCUUUAUCUGCGUUCUUGGCUACAAUCUUCUGUAUGGUUAAUGACGUUUUUAUGUCAUUGGCUAUGGUAACAGAAAAACCUGAACGCGAUAUUAUGUCUCGAGCACCUUCUAUUCGUUCAAAAGAUCAUCUAUUAAAUUUGAAAUUGCUUUUCCAUGCAUACGUACUUGUUGGUAACUUUGAAUGUUUUACUGGUUUCUUCUGCUUUUGUUAUUAUUGGAUUGAUAAUCAUGUUCCAUUCUAUUCAUUUAUGUUCACUUUUGAACAUUUUGGUACAAAUCCUGUUACUCCAUACUCAGUAGAUCAGUUGGCAAAAAUGACAUUAGUUGCUCAAUCGGUAUAUUACUGUUCGGUUUGUUUAUUUCAAUUUUUUAACUACUUUGCCACACGUACUCGAUAUACAUCAAUUAUUGAACAUAAUCCAUUAUGGGGUAAAGGUCAAAAUUUGUAUGUUUUUGCUGCUAUGAUUGUAUCGGCUGGUAUUCAAUUGAUUGUAACUCAAAUAGGAUGGUUCAAUCGAACUUUUGCUACAGGUCCUGUACCUGUAAAAUACGUUAUGCCAACAUUAGGAUUUGGUAUGGCAUGGUUACUCAUUGAUGAAUUAAGAAAAUGGUGUAUAAGAAGAUGGCCACGUGGUUUCAUCGCAAGAAUGGCAUGGUAA